CCAGUGCAAGACGUUAUGUUGAUUGACAAUUCGAUUCAACACAGUUCUGAUAAAAAUACAAACAGCAGUUCGGAGUCACAGAAUAUGGAGCUACCAUCUGUUGUGGAUUUUGUUACGCUUGUUAAUGAUAUCGAAAUUUUGCAAAAGAAGGUAGAGUUAUCUGCUAUCCAUCUUCCUAUCAAAUGGACUACUGAAAAAUACAACAACAAGCUGAUUAACAUCAUCACUGACAGUGCAUCUGCAAUUGCUUUUCUGAACAAAAAGAGUCUACAUCCCAUUGCAGAUAGCAUAAUCUACAGCUCUAAUAACAAGUAUCACAUCAGUUGGAUGUGCUCCCAUCAAGGUAUUGUUGGGAAUGAGCAUGCCGACUCCCUGGCAAAGGCUGCUUGCAGCAACUGCACUCUCCCCAUUGCAUAUGACAAAAUCAGUAUCCACACGCUAAAAAGUAUCUUAUGGGAAGACCUUAUACAAGACUGGCAAAGUGAGUGGGACCAACACAGGGAAUCAAUCACCUUCUUCCCCAGCAUCAGUGAGGCCUUGAAGUUCACCUGGUUCACUCCAAAUCAUCAUGUGAUCCAGUUCCUUAUGAAUCAUGGCUGCUUCUCAAGCUACCUUCAAAGGUUUAUUGGCACCCCCACUAAUCUGUGCACCUUCUGCAACACUGAAGAUAACGCUAAACAAUAUUUGUUUGAAUGUCUUAUGCUGGAUGCAGAAUGCCUUGAAAUUAGAACUAUUGUGCAGGCUAACAAUAUCCAAUGUCCCUGCACCUGUGACAACCUAAUAAAUAAUAAAACUGUUUAUUACUAUUUCAAGCAACUCAUAAACGAAUACCACAUCUUGAGAAGCUCUACUGUGAAUCCAACUGCUAAUCAGUAA